CACCACCAUCUAGUGACAAAUCACAUCAUCUAAGAUGACCACUCCAUGGAUUGCAAGACCACGAUGGACAUGUUCAUAUUGCAAUAUAACCAUAAACGAUGAUGUGCCUUCACGUACCCAACAUGAGAAUGGAUUACGACAUAAAGGAAACGUUGAACGUAGUUUACGUGAAGCAUAUAAAAAGAGUGAACGUGAAAGGAUACAAGAAAGAGAAGCAAAAAAGUCUAUGCAAGAGAUUGAAAGAUUGGCAAAUAUACGUCAUCAACAAGAUAUAGGGGGUACAGAAGCUGGACCUUCCAAUCAAGCGACCAGUGAAGAGAAGACAAAAGAGCCAAAGCAACCUGCGAAAUGGAAACCGAGCGAUAAAUUAGCAACGUAUGGAUCAGCGAUGCCUGUAUAUGCAGACGAACAGAGCAGAUUGGAUGAAAUGCAUAGACAACAGCUUGCACUGGAAGAAUCAGAGCGAAAGAAAGAAGGUACCGCUGGAGCAUGGCAAACGGUAGAACAAACACCCGCUCUACCAGAAUCAAAGAUACAGACCAGCGAUAGCCUACCUCAAACCAAUGCACAAUCCUCUUCUUCCUCGUAUAAGGUACGUGAAAAGAAGGGAAAUUAUCACGAUGACAACGAAGAAGAUACAAUCGACUCCAUCAAAGUGAAAAAACGGAUACGAACGGGUGAUGAAGAAGAACGCAAGAGGAGGAUAGAAGAGGAACAAAGGACGAUGUUACCGCAAUGGACACCAGUUCGAUUGGAUACAGGGAUUAGUGCAAAGAAGGAAGGUAUUCAAGGGGUACCCAUUAACCGGAUAAAUGAUGAAUCAAAUGCUGCGCCAAUAGAUUUGAGUAAAGAUGAAUCAGAAGAUCAAAAAGAUCAGGUCAAAACGGAAGAGGCCGAGCAACCUUCUUCGUCUUCCAACAUGUUCAAGAAACGCAAAGCAGGUUCCGGUUCGGGAGCUAAAAAGGUACGAGCUGUUGUAUAAAAACAUUCUUAAAUGUAUAAUAGAUUAAUACUGUACAAUAUAUAUGUGCUG